AUGAAGAAAGCCUUCACCUUCCUUCCCGGUCAUCGCACCGAUAAACAAGAUUCCGAGUCGGGCGGCUCUAGUUCCACCCUGUUUAGGCGUCGAGAACAGCUUCGAAAAGCACAGCGUACGCACCGUCUGCGCAAGGAUCAAUACUUUAAGAACCUGGAGAGUGAAGUCUUGCGUUUACGGGCAAAUGAAGUGAACUUGGUUAACCACGUUCAUCGCCUGCGUAAUCAGGUUGACGUGCUUCAGAAUAUCGUUGACAAACAUGAGCAAUUCGUACUCUCAGAGCCUCUAUACAGAUUGGCGGAAACUGGGAAUGUUCAAGCAGAUCUGACGCCCGCCAAAACUCCGACUGAGGGCUUUAAAAGUCCGCAAAAUGGGGUUAGUUUGGUGGGAUCUAAAGCGGGGAUGGAUUUCGAAGGGAUAGAUUCGUCUAUGGAUCUGUCUACCAACACAAUCUACAGCGAUGUCACGUCGAGCCACAAUACAACUUUCCACAGCCCACUAAGCGACUCAUCAAACAUUCAACAACCUGAUCAAUAUCUCUGCGCAUUGACUACCACUUCUCUCGCUCAGCCAAAUGAACCUAAGUCAAAAGACCCUGGGCAGAUUUCUAGCAAAAAGAUGACUGAUAUGGGCAUGGAAUUCAUCUUAGAACUCGAAAAACCCUGCCUUUCCCAUUUAGAGCGUCACCGGGACAAGCCAAAUGGCCACGCUCUGCUUGCAUCCGCGACCCUUGUCCAGCCGCAUCACCAUCACUGCGCCCAAUCCACCUUGUCCACACAAGAUUCAACUCAAAAUCCAGCAAUCAUCUUUGACAAGCUUUUAGCCCUGUCUGAAGAACUCGUUCUCGAUGAUGAACUAAGUCCGACUCAAGCCUGGUAUUGUAUUAUCCAGCAAUCGUGGGCCAAUCGGCUCGAUUUAGUCAUACUCAGAGAGUUGAGUGUAUCGCUCUCGAAGCUCAUCAAGUGUUACGGAUUCGGUGCCGUGAUGAGGAGAGAUGCAUUUGAAGCUAUCCUAAGUCAAACUUUCUCGGCCAUCAGGUUGGGUGUCGGGAUAAUUGAUGAUCUCAUCGAUGGAAAUGAUCAAUUUACACUGGCCUGA